ACGAUAACUACACUGCGAAUAGGACUCCAAAAUAGUUAUCAACAAUUUAACAACUGAUGAAAAUGAAUAUUAUAUAUCUUCUUAUGUCAUUUCUUUGGUUUUCUAUGGAUAUAGUAGUUGGCAAUAGACAACACGAAACGAAGAGAAAGUUUCCAAAUAACAGAUUGUCAAGUUAUCUAUCCAAAGGAGGGCGUCUUCGUGUACAUCAUCAUCGAUUCCCAAAACACAUGGUCGACGAAGACUUGCUUGAGUAUAAACCUGGGAGUAGGACUGGUGAUAUUCAAGGAGAUGGAACACCACCCGGGAACAUUCUGGACAAUCCAGAUAGCAACAUCCAGAGAGAAAUCUGCUGUACUCUAGGCAGAGCAAGUUCUACCAGACGAAGCAGUUGUAGCUCAAGGGUGUAUGUUCGUCUUGUCAAACAAAAUCUACGACUCAAACUUACAUCAGAACAAUUAGGUCUGCAACAAAAGAUCACAGAUGUGGACCAGUAUAAAUGUGUACUUCAACAUAAAAGUAGUUUUGAAAGAUGUUGUCUUGCAUCAAAGAAUAGUCAGAAUAAUAAACUAACAAGACAACAACAAAGGACAAUAAACAGAAGGCGGCAUAGACAUCAUGGGAACUCCUGAGUCUGAUGCGGUAUUCUUUUUACUAAUGUGUUCAGAAAUUCCGGUCUUCAUAUGUGCAUAAUAAUUCAUCAUUGAACUGUCAUUUUCAUUUAGUUAAUUUAUUUGUGUAUGUAUGUAAUUAUUUGCUUAUUUUGAUAAUAGAAAUAAUUGUUUA